AUGUCAGGGAUCCCGGGCGCUGCGGAGCAGAGCAUCCGCCCCUACAAGUCGAGCGAGCAGUACCUGUACGCCAUGAAGGAGGACCUGGCCGAGUGGCUCAAGGAGCUCUACGGGCUGGACAUCGAGGCGGGCACCUUCGCGACGGCGCUGGAGACGGGCGCCGCGCUCUGCGCCCACGCCAACAACGUGACGCGCGCGGCCGCCGAGCUGGCGCGCGCCCGCCCCGAGCGCGCCCGCUGCCUCCGCCUGCCCGCCGCCGGCGUCACCUGCAACCCCGCCGCCCAGCCGGGCACCUUCCAGGCCAGGGACAACGUCUCCAACUUCAUCCGUUGGUGCCGGAAGGAGAUGGGGAUUAAAGAGGUCCUGAUGUUCGAGACGGAGGACCUGGUGCUGAGGAAGAACGAGAAGAACUUUGUGCUGUGCCUGCUGGAGGUGGCGCGGCGGGCGUCCCGCUUCGGCAUGAGCGCCCCGACCCUCGUACAGAUGGAGGAGGAGAUCGAGGAGGAGCUGCGCCGGGAGCUGGACCUGCCGCCGGGGGAGGCCCCGCUGCUCCGGCCCCCGCGGAGACCCCAGGCCUUCCAGAACCUGGACCAGAUGGUCCAGCGCCUGGUGAGCCGCUGCACCUGCCCCGUGCAGUUCCCCAUGAUCAAGAUGUCAGAGGGGAAAUACCGCGUGGGGGACUCCAGCACGCUCAUCUUCGUCCGGAUCCUGCGCAGCCACGUCAUGGUGCGCGUCGGCGGCGGCUGGGACACGCUGGAGCACUACCUGGACAAGCACGACCCGUGCCGCUGCACCUCGCUCUCUCACAAACAGGCCUCGAGGGCUGGCAGUGCCCAGCCGCAAGUGCAGCACGAGGUCCUGCUCUGCCCGCCGGCGCCGGGGCCCGGCCGGGCCCAGCCCGCCUUGCUGGUGAGCCGGGCGCAGAGCCCGCUGCCCCCCGUGGCGUGGGGCACCUACGUGCCCCCCGGCCGGGCCGCCGGCCACCGGCCCCGCUCGUCCCCCUCUCCCGAGCGUGCGGGCAGGACGCCGGUGCCCAGCGCUCACCGGGAGCCGUCGGAGCCCCGCAGGGCCCUCCCGGGCAGACCCCAGGGCACACCGGGGUGCCCAGUGGAACCGGCGCGGGAACGGGCGCUGCUCCGCAGCCUGGAGCGCGAGAUCCGCUCCAACCUCCGGGCACUUCAGGAGAACGCCCGUCUGAAAGGGAAUCGGGAACAAAAACCUCCAAAGGGAAACCCCGGUGUGGAGGGGAGCGCAGAGGGUGCUGCCCAGCCGCCGAACUCCUUGGGGAGCAGCCGGAGCGACACCCGAGGCGGCAGCGCGGCAGCCCGGGGGCCUCGCGGCUACAGCAGCGUCGUGGCGGAGCUGGCACGGGGCCGGCAGCCGCUGCGCCCCGUGGAGCUGGGCAGCGGGGCGGCCCCGAGCGCCCCGCGAACCGCUCCGGGCGGCACGGCAGGAGCCCCGGGCAGCGCAGGGCGCAGCUCGGCCGCGCCGCCCGCGCACCGUGGGGACACGGAGCCCGCGGGGGCCCCCGGCAGCCCCCCGAAGCCGCGGCGCUGCCUGCGCAAGCCGGCCCGCGUGCCCUCCAUCUACAAGCUGAAGCUGCGGCCCAAGAAAGUUGCCUUGGGGCUGGUGUAUGAGCUGUCAGGCCCUCGAAUGGCACCGGAUGAACCAAAGCUGUCCCCAACACGGACCUUGCAGAGCCGGUACCACAACAUUGCACUUAAUGCUCCCGUUCCGGCCUCUUCCCCGGGGAAGGCCACGGGCGCUGCAAGCAAAGACGAGAGCGAGCAGGUACAGAACAAGAGGGAACAGACCUGA